CCGCUGCCCUCAGUUCAGUUCUGACCGUGCGACCUGAUGGACGUAUAGCACGCCAGCGCCCCUUCUAAAUAUAGUGCUGGUUAUUUUCAAGUUUUCCUCUUCUGCGUAAUAUUGUGCUGUGUUUGUGGCCAGUGUUUUGCGAAUUCGGAUUCACUGUUUCAAUUUGAAAGAGGCUGGCGGCGUGUGUGGAGCGCGCGGCGCGGGGCUUGGGCGCGCGCGGCAGGUGACCGUCGGUGUACGCGGCUGAUGUGGGCGGCGGGCGGGUGCUGCUCGCGGCAAGCAGGCGAGGGCGCGGCCCGGACGCCGGUCAAGACGUUCCAGGCGUACCUCCCGCCGGCGCACCGGACGUACAGCUGCAUACACUGCCGCGCGCACCUGGCCAGCCAUGACGAGCUUAUAUCUAAGUCGUUCCAAGGCAGCCAGGGGCGCGCGUACUUGUUUAAUUCAGUUGUGAACGUGGGCUGCGGGCCGGCGGAGGAGCGCGUCUUGCUCACGGGGCUCCACGCUGUCGCUGACAUCUACUGCGAGUGCUGCAAAACCAUGCUCGGCUGGAAAUACGAGCACGCCUUCGAAUCCAGCCAGAAGUAUAAAGAGGGCAAGUUCAUAAUAGAACUGGCUCACAUGGUGAAAGAGAACGGGUGGGAAUAGGCGCGCGGUCCUCGCACCCCUUGGGCCGCGCGCCGACGUGUCAUAUCGGAGACUGUGCGAAGGACUCUUGUGAGACAGUAAGCGACCAGCGACCAUGCCGAGGCCGCAGCGGCUUGCAGCGCCGGGCGAGGCCGAGCGCCGAACCAUAGGGGCCGGCUCCAAAAUAGACAACGCGGUCGCUACUUGUGACCUAUAGUUGUUUGGUAUCGUCGGCCCCGCUUCCGACGAAGCACGCUCAGACGCCGCAGCGAACCGAAGUAUUUUUGACACAUUAAUUAUUAUUGAGCGACGGCGGCUGAUCGCGCUACGUGUGGGGAUAUCGCCUUAUGUGCUCCUUUCGUACUAUAGUCGGCUUCACGCUUACCCGCCAGUCAACGUAAUACAUAAGUUAUCGAUCUCAGCCUUUCAAGGCUCCACAUGGGCUUAGGAUUAUAAUUUGAAACGAUUUCGGCCGAACGGCUUUCGUACAUCGUAAGUUGUCUUAGUUUUUAUAUCGUACCGUAUUAAGAGAACACUUAUUCUUUCUCUUGUCCCCUUAACCUGUGAUAAGUAUGUUAGUAUAGAAUUUUUGGAUUACUUGGAAGGAUUUCGAGAUGCUCAGAUGUCAGUUGUACGUUCCUAAUUUCAGCUGUACAAUUUGCUUUUUAUUCACAAGGUAACUAGUCGAAACGUGGAAGUUUCCUUUAUUAAGUUUUUUUGCGCUUGAUCAAGUGAUUUAUUUUUUAGUUUUUAAUCAAUAUGGAGCUUGAUUGCUCAUCUUAGUUUUUUUUAUUAUUGGAACAUCUUCAUUAGCUUAAUUAGUAGCUAUUUUAUUUUGACAUUGAGAGAGGUAAUCUUUCUAUCGAGAAUAAUAAUAAUAUAGCAUAGAAGAGACACUUUACACUUUGUGUCAGUCGCUUCUGUACUUUAAAUAUUAUUAUUUUCUCGUCGAUUUAUGAUUAAUUUUAAUUGACAGA